AUGGAGAUCGAGGCUUCUGCCGUCCCAAGGACGGCGCCGGGCGGUGCUGGGACAGGCCUUUUCGCAACGUCCACUGUCAAAACGGGCCAGGCCGUGUUUGAUCUGCCCGCAACAUUCUCUACCGUGCUAAGCACAGAGAGGCUGGCGGAUGCAUGCUCGAACUGCUUCGCAAAUGCUCCGUUCGCAGCUAAUGUCAUGGCAGAUGUCGGCAUCAAACUGAGGUUCUGCACCGGCUGCAGGGUAGUCAAGUACUGCGGCAAGGGAUGCCAAACCGAAAACUGGGCGGCCAUACAUAAACAUGAAUGCGCAACAUACAAACGCCUUUACCCAAAAGUUCUCCCUGUCAAUUCAAGGGCGGUGCUUCGGAUCCUUAAGCUGAGAAGCUCGAAGCAACCAGACGUCCAGCAGGACCUGGGCAUGUUUCGAUCUCUCCGUUCACAUUUCAAGGAGAUUGCAGAGACGAACAAGGAGCAGUACGAGCGUAUAAUGCUCUGCGCCAAGGCGGAGAAGGAAUACUCACAUUCUGACCUCGAUAUCGAGACUAUCGCCGAAUAUCUGGCAAAGAUUGAAGUCAACGGCUUCACCUUCACCACCCCGUUUGGUGACCCUCUAGGGCUCUGCAUCCAGCCGUUUGCUUGCUUUGUCAACCACAGCUGCGAUCCCAACGCAGUUGUCGGCUUUGACGAAGGAAGAAUCACCGUCAAAGCUCUGAGAACGAUCGAACCCGACGAGCAGGUGUUCAUAUCCUACAUCGACAACACUAAUCCUUUUGAAAUUCGGCAAAAGGAGCUUGCCGAACGAUACUUUUUUACCUGCAGAUGCUCCAAGUGUCUUCAGGGGGAUAAAGCCAGAGAAGACCAGUUUAUCCCGGCUUCUCCUCCAUCAAAUGAUAUCGAGACCCUCAAGGAGGCAGAAAAGCAGGCACAGGAGCUUCUCGCUUCUGCAAAGAACGCCAGACCGGUGUUUGCAGUGAGACAGCUCAAGGCCGCCAUCAAGAUACUACACGAUACCAAAAUGUGGCCUAUCACCCGGCAGCCAUACCCGCAAAUCCGGUCUGAGCUGAUCGUAGCGCUUCUGCAGAUUGAGAGCUUCUGGCCUGCCCUUCAACACAGCGCCGUGCGAUACCUGUUCGUAGACCCGGUGUUAUACCCGCAAGAGUGGCAUCCCAUCCGCAACAACCAUGCUUAUAUACUCUCACAACUAGUCACAGUGCUCUAUCACAAACACUCGGAUGCGAUGCCUAAGGAUAGCAAAUACCAUUUCGAUCCAGUAUCGAUCGUUUAUCGUAUUCUCGCCAAGUUAAACAAGAACCUGGAUUAUGAGCUGCCUACUGUUGCCGCGAUGUUCGAGGCAGAUUACGAGGAUCUGAUUGCUCCUGUCAGGGAAAUUGGUUACGAUCCAUCUACCCCUUCAGCGGCCAAAGCCAUGGCCCCUGACUGGGAGAAACUCGAUAAGAUAGCACAGGAAACGCUCGAGGUUGAUGGAUAA